AUGAAGAGUGUUGAACAUGAUAAUGACUCAGCCUCGCAAGGAAAUGAAGUAAAGGAAGAAGUAGUAAACAAAUACAUACUAGAUAAACUGAGCUUAUUUUUUAACAACAAUAUUAAGUCCAUAUCACAUGAUGAUGAUAAAAACAAUGAAGAAGAAAAUGAAAGAGAAAAAUGCAGGAAAGCAGACACAACCUCUACCAAUGAUAUUAGCAGCACGACAGUAGGAACGGAGAAAAAUGGUCCAUUAAGCAAAAAAAAUAGCUCAGUAAAUAUCAUCGAAAGGAAUAACACCAAUGUUGUGGAUGUAUAUAGUACGAAUAACCAACAUGGGGUGGUUAGCAACACAACGUCGGGAAUAGAAAAAAACCUUUCGAGUGUCCCCAAUGUCAGCAUUAUCAGCGCGAACGAAAAGAAUAAUCUCAACAUUGUUGACAUAAACGACAUGCACGUUUUGGAAAAUAACGCCUUAAGUAAUUCACUAGAGAAAGAUAUCUUAAUGCAUAAUGGUGGGCAAAUGAAAAGGGAAAAUAACCUCGAAAAAGCCAACAGUAUAAGCAUUAACGACCUGUUCAAGCUAAACUCAGACGCAUAUCUUAACAUUGACAGCUCGCUGAAGAAAGGGAACCUCAGCGAAAUUUUAACAAACGAGAAUAACCUUAACAUGUACAAUCAUUACAACAAUGGAAGCAGUAUCAGUAACAAUGUCGUAAAGAAAAACGAAAGAUGGAAGAGAUACAUUAAAUGCAUUGAACCAUUUUUAGAUGUUCAUACCAUUAUUAAUUUAAGUCAAACGUGUAAAUUUUUUUACAAAAGGAAAUAUAAAGUAUGGCAUAAUAGGUUAAUAUUUAACAGCUAUCUAGGCUAUAACCCUAGAGUGCUGUACGAAUAUGUUUUCCCCAGAAUAUAUAAGCACAUUCACAGAUCAGUUAGGAGAAGGCUUUGUCUAGAUUUCACCAUGUGUACUUUAAUAAAAGAUAUAACAGUAGCAAAUGUACUAAACCAAAUUUACAACUUUGAUUCCUUAAAUACGAAGCAUUUGUUUAUAUAUAAUUUACAAGAAAUUUACUUUGACUUCUGUCAUCAUUUGACGGAUAAAACUUUAGAAGUUUUGGCACAGACCAGAUUGCCGUCUUUAAAAACGCUAAGUAUAAAAUGUGUUCGGAAUAAAUACUUAACGUGCGCUCCCUUGACAGUUAUGUUGAGGAAAAAUAAGUGGCCAGUUUUUACCAACUUUAUUUGUUCCUUUUCCAAUGCCUGGUUAGAACCCAUUUUCAUUAUGGCCAAUUUUAUUAUCAAUCGAGCGAACAAUCAAAAUCAUUUAAUUUAUCAUAAGUUGAAGAACUUACGUAAGACGUUAGAGACGAUGAAAAAUUUUGAUAAUUCCAUCGUUUCUUCUUCUGCGCAUGAGGAAUGUAACCGCAGAAUUAUUAACGAAAGUAAUAGUUACAAUUUUAUGAGUUUACAGAGCUGUGCGGAUGGCAGUAGUAGCAUGGAGAAGUCAAACUUCGCAGACUACUCCUGCACGCAUGGCAACAACCACGCGGGGUGUAGUGGUGUAUGUAGUGGUGGAUGUCCCAACGAGUGCACCAACACUUAUAGCAACAAUGUGUACAGCCGCAGCCGUGACCAGGAUCGCAGCCGAAACACCGGCAGCAAGAAAAAACUGAAGUCUCUGCUGAAUAGUGAAACAGAGUGCAGCAUCAGUCAGUCCGAAACGAAUAACAACUUCAGCCUUUUUAACAAUUUUUUCUAUAAUACUAUGAAGCACUUUGGCUAUUCUUCGAAGAUGCAGAAUGGCUUGCCGUACCCCGACUAUAGCACCCUUGCGAAGAGUUCCCCUCAGAGCCGAAAGGACGAACUGCAGGUGCCUGCGCCAAGUUCGAGGCCACAAGGCAGCGCAGUCAGCAGCGGGGUCGGCAUUGGGAGCGGCAUCGGAAUGGGUAGCAGCUACGGUGGGCACAUCCACGGCAACCGCGCGCACGAGAAGAAGGACAUCUUUGACGAGUUCCUCUCGGGCGAAUGCAGCGCAACGUGCAGCCCCGCGAACGAGCCGGAAAAUAGCUCCUGCGCGAUGAAGCACGAAUGCAAAGGAACAGACGUCAAGUGUAUGAAAAGGGAAGAAGAUGAAGAGAGUUACAACGCAGAGGAGAGAGGACACGUGGGAGAAGCUCAUCAGAAUAGUCACAAUGAGGGAGGUACCAACUGUUGCGAGAAGAGGAGACAGACGAAUGAAAAUAGCAAGAGGAAGAACGACGAGAAGGGGUUCCCCGAAAAUGUAGAGGAAGAAAUAAAAAUUCGAAAAGUAAGAGAAGGCGAGGAGAGGCGAAAUGAGAAAAGGAUCGACAAUGAGAGGAGAAGCGACAUCGAGAGGAGAAGCGAUAAUGAGAGGAGAAGCGAUAAUGAAGGGAGGGAAAGGAAGAGGGGGGAAGACCCCCAGGUGAAUAACCCAAGUGAUAGAAAGGGAGACAAAAGAAGUCACAAAAAGUACGAAGAAGAGGAAGAGACUGAAGAGCACGUGUACGAAAAUAAUAGUGUAAUAAACCAUGCGGAGGAGAAACAUGCAACAAAAGAAGCACAUGGGGCAGAAAAAAAAAACCAUAAAAAAAAAAAACUCGAGAAGAAAAAUUUCUAUGAAAGUAAAAAAAGUAAUCGAAUUGGAAGUAAUAAAAAAUCCAAAGUGUUAACAGCAGAAAAUAUUUUUUGUAUGAAUAUUUUACACAAUAAUGUAAACACGUUUGAUGAGGAGGAAGAGGAAGACGAAGAAGAUGACGAGGAGGAUGAAGAAAAAAAUUUGAACAAGUGCCGAUGUAAUGGAAAGAGUUGUAUAUACACCACAGAAGAAAUUAAUUUUAAGUGUAAAUGUGAUGACUGCCCCUUUGCCAAUGGCUACAAAAAUUUAAUAUCAGUGGACGACCCCUAUAUUCAGUCACACUUUGUGCAACCCAAUUUGGAUAUCCUGGGCUCAUGGGGAAGUAAAUGCUUCCUCGAAAGUAUAGGACUCGAUAUAUACGUCAAAGGUUACAGUGUAGCAUUAAAAAAUGAAAAUAUAAAAAUUUGUGUAAAGUUAAGUAAAAAGAUACAGGAAGAAUUGUACGAUUUGAGCAAAAGUGAGAAAUAUAAAAAUAAUAAUUUGGUUUACUUACUCAGAGAUAAGGGAAGUGAAUUGCUAUCGAACACUCCGUUAACCAUCGAAACUGAUGAGAAUAGAGGAAUCGACAUUUGGACGUUACCUAUAUCUUUGGCCAUUAGCAAAAAGAAUAGAUACCUCUUCUAUUUGGUACUAAAAGGAGGGGCCAAAAUUGACAUUUGGGAUUACUUAGGAAAGUCUCCCUUGUACAUUGCGUGCGAAAAUGAAUCCAAAGAGUUCGUGGAGGUGUUGCUAGAAGAGAGGAGGAAACGGAAGAAGAAAAAUAACAUCAUCCAGUACAGCUAUAAAAACUCUGUUACGAUGGACCGAGAAGGAUCCCUUGCGGAGGGAGCCAACAGUAGUAACGACGCCCGGGUGAACGACGGGGGUCAGGGUGCAUCUCCCCCAUCCGCCACGGAAAUGGAGAAAAAUGCCCACAAAGGGGGAAGUUCACCAGAAGGAGGUUCCCUCGAAAAGGGCAACUCUUUCGAUAAGGGAAGUUCCCUCGAGAAGGCAAACUCUAUUUAUAAGGGAAACACACUCGAAAAGCAAAACACAAAUGAUGCAGAGUCAACCACGUGGGAAGGAACCAAAAAAAAUAACGACAACUGCAACACCAUUUGUGUGAGUCCCUAUGGAAACACAUGCGACCGUUAUUAUGUGACCUUCCCCAUAGACAUAGAAAAUGGAUACAUCCCUCUUAACAUCGCCAUUAAGAAGAAAAAUUUCUCGAUCGUGAAUUCGCUAGUGAAAAAUGGAGAAAAUUUGAAUAUCAUCUGCCCCUUCGUGAGGGACUACAAGUCCCCCCUGUACCUCGCCUGCGAAAAUAACAUAAGUGAAAUUAUACAGCUACUACUAGAAAAUAAGGCCAACCCAAACUGGUGCUACCAUAACAAAUUUACACCCAUUUUGCUUGCCUACAAUUUAAACAAGGCUUGGGUGAAUCAUUUUAUUGAUGCCGGGGCAGGAGAGAAACCUUGCGAUAGACAUAUUUUAACUGAAGUUUUAUCGUGUGCAAUUUUUAAAAAUGAUUUAUCUACUGUACAGUUAUUGUUGAAGAAGUACCCACAGCUUCUACAGAAGGAACAUAAUUUAUGGUCCCUACCAUUUAUCCAGGCAUCCAAGUUGGAGAGACUAAACAUAUUGAAAUAUCUGCACACAUUGAAGAAGGAAAUUAUUAACCAGCUUGAUUCAAACAAUGUAUUAUCUCCAAUCCAUGCUGCAGCAGAAGAAGGAAAUUUGGAGAUAUUAAAAUUCUUACUUGAAAAUAAUGUAAAUAUAAACUUAACAAAUAAAUACCAUCAAAAUGCUUUGCAUAUCGCUUGCUUAGAAAAUCAAGAAAAAGUUGUCCAACUUCUGCUAACACAUAAUAUAGAUGUAAACUGUAAGGAUAACAUCAAUGGGGAAUGCCCCUUAAUGAUAUGCAUCCGGACAAGGAAUGAAAUCCUAGCACAUCAUAUUCUUAAUGAAGGGAAAAAUAUUAAUUACAACCUUACCAAUAUACAUGGAGAAACUUCUCUAAUAUAUUCCAUUUUUUAUGGACUGUACGAUAUUGCCGAUGUUCUGAUGACCAGAGGAGCGGAUGUCUCAGUGAGGGAUAUCAAUGGAGACAAGUCUUACAACGUCGCAUGCGAGAGGGUGCUGUCGCACAGGACUUGCAAAAAAGUACUAAAGAAAUUUCUCAAGCUGUACAGGUCACAAAAUAAGAACUUUCUUCCCAAGAAAAACAAAAUUAACAAAAAAAAUAAAUUUUACCAGUCCUACCAGAGCAUCAACCAGAGCUUCCUCAGCAUCUUCCGCAUCAAGAAGGAGAAAAAGAAGAAGAAGCCCCAGUCGCCGUACGCGGUUGAAAAUGACGAGGGCGUCCUUCGCUAG